GAAAAUUCGCAGGCCGCACGCACAGAGGGCGCUGUACUGAUACAUGUAGCUCUGUUCGAUAGCUGCCGCCAAAGUUAAACCUGAGUGAGGAACGAUCGAUUUUUGAAGUUUGAUUAUGGCCUGUAUGCGGAAGCUUUCCUCGGAUACAAUACGACUUGUCACCAGCUCACAAGUUAUUACAUCAGUUGUAAGCGUCAUCAAAGAACUCAUUGAGAAUUCACUGGAUGCAGGAAGUGACAAUAUUGAAAUCAAAUUGGAAAAUUAUGGCUUUGAUAAAAUUGAGGUGCGAGACAAUGGGAGUGGCAUCAAACCCAUUGAUGCUCCGUUUAUGGCGCGACGACACUUCACAUCCAAGAUAUCCCAGCAUGCUGAUCUAGAAUAUCUAGCAACAUACGGUUUCCGUGGCGAAGCUCUGGGAUCACUCUGUGCCAUGUCUUCAGUUACCAUAGUAACAAAGACACAAGAUGAUGAGUUUGGACGCCAUUAUGUUUUGGAUCACGAAGGAGAAAUUGUCACAUCUAAACCAUCUCAUCUUGGAAAUGGAACUACUGUGACUGCGAUGCAUUUAUUCAAGAAUGUUCCGGUUCGCAAACAGUACUACACCAAUGCCAAGAGAAGAAGGGAUGAACUGAAGAAAGUAGAGGAGUUGGUAAUGAGCUAUGGUGUCAUACGUCCUGCAGUACGCUUCGCGCUCAGUCAUAACAAGAGCUCCCUCUGGCAAAAAUGUAAAGUAGCCAAUCACAAGGCAGCUUUGAUAAACACUUGGGGAUCUAGUGUGAUGUCUCAUAUGCAAUACAUACAGCGAUUGGACGACGAGACUGAGGUGCGAAUAGAAGGCUUUGUACCAAGUCUAUCUGCAGACAGCCAAUCAGCAUCAAGAGCUGUAUCAGACAGGUGUUGGAUUGCAAUCAAUGGUCGACCAAUCAUCUUCAAGGAUAUUGAGAAGAUGGUGAAGCAAUCAUACUGUCAAGCAGUGAAGCAUGACAUGGUGUCCGUCCGUUAUUUGGUCAUGUUUAUAAGCAUCAGCCUACCUCAGCAUCAUGUGGAUGUGAACCUGGAACCAAAUAAAACUAAAGUAAUGCUUCAAAACAAGGAAGUUGUGUUUUCGGUCCUGUCCGAUUUAUUGGAUGAGGUUUAUGGAAGAAAAGCAGAUGACCACAUUGCUGAUGUAGUCAUCCCAAACUCCACACACCAACAGGCCAACAACAUUCAACCAGUAGAUAACUUGCCAACUCAACUAGGGUUUAAUGACAGAACUCUCUGCAACACCAACACCGCAUUUGAAGACAAUCAUGUACCUACAUGUACUUCUGAUGGUGGUGUUAAGAAUGAAAAUACGUGGUCUAUUGAGAAAUUAGACUGUGAAAGGGAAAGUGCUGUAUAUCAAAGUAUUAAUCUUGGAAAGCCAUCUCAUCAAGAUCAUAACCAUGAUGUUCCAGUGUGCAAAGCCACCGAGGAGCCAAAGGGGAUCGCAGAAACACCUUGCUCUGCACAAAAUGUACCCACCACUACCAAGAAUCUUCCGAGUGCAUCCAAUGAUCAGACUGUCGGGGACAGCAUACAACAAAACAUAUUCCAGCUGAAUUUUAGUAUCUUUGAUGAUGUUGAUUUUGAGCUGGAGAAAGUGGAUGAAACUGCAGCAACUAUUGCUUUGGAUGAAGCAAAGUGCCCAGAAAGUGACCUAAUGAACCAAAAUGUUUUACAUCAAGCAGACAAUACAACAAUGUGUGAUUAUCUAAUCGAGGAAACUGCUGGAAAUGUCCAAUCAGUGACAUCAUCAGUCAAUCUUACCGACUGGAGUAAAGGAAGAGGACUAACAAACAAAGAUGGCAGACCACUUGAACCUGCAACACUCCAUAUCCCCAGGAAAGCGGUUGAGGAGAGACUAGUAACCAAUCACAUUGAACCAGGUCAACUUUCAACCAAUCAGAGAACUUCAAACUCUGAGUCACCUUUUCAAGUUCCAGCAGAUUGUACAAACACAAACCAGAAUAAACUGGCCAGGAUACCACACACUGUUACUUUGGGUAACAGCAUGACAUCAUCAUCAUCAACCAAUCAGGAAGCAGAUGAUCUUACACCAACCAAUGGGAAGAGAACAUCACCUAAGCGGAGACCCUCAUUGGAGAAGAAGAUUGGAAAAGGAACUAUGUACGAUCUCAUUUGUGGCUCACCGAUUCGAAGACCUCAGAGUUCAUAUGAGUUUUUCUGCAAGGAAAUGAGACCACUGGUGUUGGGGGAGAACCCAAGAGCUAGUUUUAACGACAUCACAAAAGUUGUGGCCGAAAAAUGGAGACAGUUGGAAGAAAUGGAGAAAGCAAAAUAUGAGGAGAAAUCAAGGAGAGAUACAGAAAGACAUCGCAAUCAAUUGGAGGCAGCUCAGAAGAAACUAGGCUUCAAGCGUGGAACAGGUUUAGAGGCACCUCCAAGCAAAAAGAGAAAGAUUACUCUGGCAUCGAAUCAGGGACUGAUAGAUAAGAUGCUGCUGUCACAGCAACAGCGGGAAUCAGCCAAUCAACUUCUACCGACAAAAGCUCCUGACAUUCCAACAGUUAAUAUAACAUUCAAUUUGAUUGGAUUAAGAAGAGAGUUUGAAACUCACCAGCAGAAAAGGAAAACUGAUCCUGAUCAAAGACUCAACCUGAUUGGUCAGCUUGCAUCACAUGAUGUGUGGCUGGCUCACCAUGGUAACCAAGUGGUGGUUUUCAACCAAUACAGGGUUGAAGAGACCCUGCUGUUUCACAGGCUACUGGCUCAUCACAUGUUGCCAUGCCAACCUGUUGAAGUCCCUGUUGUACUGUCACCAAGCAUGGUAGGCGGUCAUGACAACUGGGCUACAUUACUUGAGAUGUCCAAACGAGUCAAUCCACCGGACCCUGCCAUGUACUACACUGAUACUAGACUCACAGCCAAUGGAUUCACAAUCAAACAAACAGUGGAUUCAGAAACAGUGGAGGUCAAAGUACAGGUCAUUGCUAUGGCAACCACCGUCAGUUGCUAUGGUAUCCAGGACCUUCAGGAAUUACUGGAGUUAAUAACUACAAAGCAGUCUUGUACUCUGUCGCAGUGCAGACCACUGAAAGUAGCCAACUACCUGAAAGGAGAAGCUGUUCGUAUGGCACGUAAUCUGCCUUCAACCAUGCUAGAAGAAGAUGUUCAAAAUGUGAUUGAACGUAUGAAGCAACUUCCAAACCAGUGCAAGACAUGUCUUCAUAACCAGCCAUUCACAUAUCCAUUGUUUGUGAUAUCCGAAUCUCAAGUGUGAUUUGGGAGGGGGGGGGGGUAUCACGCACAGGGAAAUGCUAAACUAAAGAGUUUUUUUCCAUCUUUAAAUCGGAAUGAAAUAUCCUUUGCAUGCAUGUUGGAAUCGGCAUAAAGGCAUGUGUAACCUGAAAGACUGACACACUAUGGGGGAACUUGUAAAACUAAAGAUUCAAUGGGGAUUAACUAACAAAACUAAAGUAAACCCAGGAUUUUUGAAAGGAAAAGUCGUGAGGAAAUUGAAUUAAUAGAGAUAAGAUUCACAUUCUAGGUUUGAAACCAAAGGAGGACAAAAAGAAUUUAUUUCCAAGAACUUCAAGAGACAACCAAAAUGACCAAAUGAAAAAAAAAAAAACCACGAGAAUUAUGACUAAAAUUUACUAAAACAUAAAGCCAAACCUAAAAUCAGAAACCAGAAACUAAACGCAAAGAUUUAACCUAAAACAACCUAAAAUUGAGACUAAAACCCCAAAGCCGAUUCAAAUCCACUAAAACAACAAUGCGUUGGUUUGACUAAAUAAUUUAAGACCGCAAGUGACCCAAAAGAAAAACUCUUAAAAAAAAAAGAAGACUUUUCCCUAUUAAAACAAUUUUGGUUAAAUUUUACUUAAAAAUAUAUAUAUUUCCUACCUGGAUUCUCCACCAAAAAUAACCUGCAAAAGUGACACACUGUGAGGAACUCGCACUAAACAGACUCUAUUGAGAUUUACUAAUUAAACAAAACUAAACUCAGGAUCUUUGAAAGGAAAAGUCAUGAGGAAAUUGACUUUAUAGAGACAAGUUCCAGAUUUCAAACAAAAGAGAACCUAUUUAUAUGGAACUACAAAUCAAAAACUAAAAAAGCUUAAAACAAAAAUAAACCCUAAAACAAAUAAAAAAUAACUAUAUCAUAAACCAAAGUCUUUCGGCCGAUACAGUGAUUUGUUUUCUUUUUUAUCGAAAAAAAAAUAUAAAUUGUGUUUUAUCGUAAAAAAAAUAUAGGUUUUUGGAUCGUUUUUUUUAAACAUUCAUGCUCUUUUCGUUUGGGUUGUAUUUUUUUCUGAAAAAGUCUAUGAAAUCAUGCAAUACUGAAGAACUAAACAUUUUCGUCUUAAGAAACUUGACAUAAAGAUGCAAUAUUCUUUUGAAUAUUUAAUUUUCACCAAUUCCUCUAGGGUUAUCCAUUAUUCUAAUAACAAAUAUGAAUGUUUCGUUGACGAAAUAUUGGCGUAUUUUAAAAGUAUUAGUAGUAACUUGCAUGGUAUUCAAUUUAAAUGAUUUUCAGAUUGAUAUAAACAUGAAGCUUAUAAUUUAAUUUAUAAAUCUAAUCUAAUCUUGCACCAUGUCCCGAAGGACGUUGGCUCCACGAAUUUUCGCUCUCCAAUCGUGUCUGUCUGGCGCUUGGUGCUGUUAACCAUGAAGUCAUUUGUCCAUCACUUUCUUGGCCUACCCCGUCUAGGCAUUGUUUCUAGCAGGGGGCGUCUAAAACUCUGUUGUUUUCCAUCCUCGGUAUGUGGCCAAACCAGACAAGUUGGGUUCAAUAUACAAUGUAUGUGAUUGACAUGUUUCCGAAACCCAGCGCAGCACACGCACAUUUUUGUUACUUUUCCGUGGUCAAUUUGGAAAGAAAUGAACAUUCACGCCGAAUGUGCUUGGCAAGGGCGUCAGUUGCUUCUCAAAAGUGUGGGCGGGGGACCGGCACUACUGCAAGCGCGAAGCGCUAACGGCUGGGGUCGGGGCGCUCUUAAAGGCCCGGAAAAUUUGUGGACUCUAGACCCUCUGUGGUGCGAUCUAAGAAAAUUUCUGACCACAGAAACCAUUUUUGGGGGGCAAAAUAUCAUCUUUUAAACAUCAUUUAAUUUCGAGUUUGGGGUUAUUGAAUCAGCUCAGUAGUCUGAGCUAUAGUAUUAUUAUAGUAUUAGUUGGCUACAAUUUUUUUUCAGGGACGAAACAAGUGGGGAUGAUAUCCCCCUACUUUAAAAAAAGUGGGGUACCUGCCCCCGUCCCCCACCGAUUGACGUCCAUGGUGCUGGGCAGAAAUUGCAAUAUUCGCAAGCUCUUGAUUUUUGUAUCUAUCUACGACAGUUUAGCGCCUUUUCAAUUCAUUUUGAACAAGCUUUAAGCACAGUUUGGCUAAACAUUUCAUUUUCGAGAACGCGCCUUCCGCUCGACAUUUAUUUAACAAAACUUAUUAAAAAUCGUUCUUUAUUAUGCCAAAAUGUGCUGAGGUUUUGGAAGAACAGCAAGCACUGUAAAUUUUUCGUUUUUAUAACAUUUGUAAAAUUUAGUUUGAAUAAAUUUGUACAUUGAAAAAAUCACAA